CUUUACAAAACCCACACGGAAUGCAAAUCGAUUUAUCUGCGCCGCGAAGCAGAGUAUCGAGCUUUUCUUUCGAGUUUUCAAGAGCAAACUCGAAGUUUGUUUCUCAGGGUUGCAAAUAGAGAGACAGAGAUCGUUUGUUGGCAGAGUCACAGUGAGGGAAAUGAAGACGGCCAUGGCUGCUUUAUUUAUUUUCUUUUCAUUUUUAACUGUUUUCACAUAUUCAAUGGACGAUCAAAGCUUUGAUAUUCGGCAACACCUCUCCACCGUCACCAGAUAUGCUGCUGUAAAAGAUAUAGCAGACAAUUCGUUUGUUCCUUCUGAUAUUCCCGAUCAAUGUACUCCUAUCCACUUAAAUCUUGUGGCAAGACAUGGAACUCGUUCUCCUACCAAAAAGCGAAUCCGAGAGUUAAACAAUUUGGCUACACGUUUCGAAGUCCUUAUAAGAGAUGCUGAAGAACACAAACUGUCUCUGCAGAAAGUUCCUGCCUGGUUACGGGGAUGGAAAUCUCCUUGGAAAGGAAAACUGAAAGGUGGAGAAUUGAUUAGAAAAGGAGAAGAAGAGUUGUAUGAUCUUGGAAUCAGAACUAGAGAAAGGUUUCCAGAGUUAUUUAACGAGGAAUACCACCCUGAAGUAUGUGCAAUAAAAGCAACCCAGGUUCCUCGUGCAUCGGCUAGCGCAGUUGCAUUUGGCAUGGGUUUCCUUAGGGAGAAAGGCACUCUUGGCCAAGAGCGUCAUCGAGCUUUUGCAGUUACUAGUGAAAGCCGUGCUAGUGACAUAAUGCUGAGGUUUUUCGAUUGUUGUGAGAACUACAAGAUUUAUAGGAAAAAGCACGAACCUGCUGUUGAUAGACUUAAGGAACCUGUACUGGAUGAAAUUACCACUGCUUUGGCAAGGCGAUAUGAGCUGAAUUUCACUAGGCAGGAUAUUUCUUCUCUCUGGUUUCUGUGCAAGCAGGAAGCUUCCUUGCUUGAUAUAACUGAUCAAGCUUGUGGUCUCUUCAGCCCUUCUGAGGUUGCUUUGCUGGAGUGGAUGGACGACUUGGAGGUAUUUAUAUUAAAGGGCUAUGGUAAUUCAUUGAACUAUAGAAUGGGAGUACCAUUGCUGAGAGAUGUUGUUCAAUCCAUGCAGCAAGCCAUCAAGGCUAAAGAAGAAAACCAUGCUCCUGGAAGUUAUGAGAAGGCAAGACUCCGCUUUGCUCAUGCAGAAACUGUGGUUCCAUUUACAUGUCUGCUUGGACUUUUCCUUGAAGGAUCUGAGUUCCAACGAAUACAGAGGGAAGAACCUCUGCAGCUCCCUCCAAAGCCUCCCCAAAAUAGAAAAUGGCGGUGCAGCAUUGUAGCACCUUUUGGUGGGAAUAACAUGCUGGUUCUUUACAGUUGUCCUAACAACACGUCAAGCAAGUACUUUGUACAAGUACUACAUAACGAACAUCCCAUUCCAAUGCCAGGUUGUGAUAAUGCUGACUUCUGUCCAUUUGAAGUUUUUAAGGAAAGAAUAGUUUCUCCUCAUCUAGAGCAUGACUAUAACGCAGUCUGCACUGUAAAGGUGGAACAACCACAGCAGAAAUCUCUAACCAGUAAGUUAAUAUUGCUGUUCCGUCGGCUCUUCUUACUGGGGAAUGAUGAUGCACAGUCCCAAAAUGUUGAGUUGUAGUUUGUUCAAGAAUGAAAGAAGAAUAAUUCUCACAUACUAUUCUUGUUUCCUCUACACUCUUAAUGGGGUUUUCAGCCAGCAUCAGUUCCGCCUAGCAGAGUUCUUUCUGGGUUGUGUUGAUUGCAUUGCUAACAUGGACAUUGCUUUUUGACACAAAAUGAGUUGGCCUUUUGGAUUCCAUAAUCUGAUUGAGAAGUUUGUAUGAGGCAUCAGAUCCAGAUUUCAACCCCCUUCAAUUAUUUUGUUGUUUGAUGGGGAAUAGGAUUACGUAGCGGCUGUAUCAGCCUGCCCUUGUCGUAAUUUGCCUCUCUUCUUGAGCAGAACCUUCUUAUCAGAUAGGAUUUUUUACUACUUAAAACAUAUUGCAUGGUAGAGAAGGAGUCCUAUAAUUUCUGGCUCAUAUGUAAAGUUCAUGUGGUUGGUAAAUGUCGCUUUGUGCAUGAUUUUAUCACAUUGCAAACAUCUAAUACUGUGACUUGUUUUUACUGUGACGCA